CUUUAUUAUGAUCAGUCCUGUGUUAACCUCAAAAUAUAUAAUCAAAUAAGAAAAUGGCUUUGGCCGCGGCUACUAAAUCUUUGCAGUUAAUUGGUGAAUGUGUGCCCUGCGUUAAGCAGAAUGCUUCGAAAUUCAAAAUAAAACGUUUAGAAUUAGAUCAACAUUUGCUGAUGUAUUUCAGAAAAGAUGAUUACAUUUUCGCACACGACCCUGAGAAAAAGUGCAAGACUGGUGAUAUUGUACUAAUAGAAAAGUUGCCAGAGAAGUUAUCCCGACUGAUUACACACAAAGUUAAAGAAAUUGUUUAUCCGUUGGGUGAUGUGACAGACCCAUUCACUGGCAAAAAUGUGGUAGCUGGUAAAUUCAGAGAUCAAAUCGAUAAAGUCAACCAGGCAUAUGGGAAAUUACCCACAGGAUUUGAUUAUACAAAAGCCCCUAAGAGGGGUUGGCAAGAGGACAAGAAAGAUUUCUCUCAUGUUGAGACUUAUGCCAAAUAUCAUGAAGAUGGCAAGGAUCAGCCUUAUUCAGUAUAGUUAUUGAUGUUUUUUUGAUGUGCAAGCUUUAGUUUAAAUAGAAUUGUUUUUAAUUAAA